CUCUGUGUAUAGAGGAUGUGCUGAAUGGUGCGCUUUGAGGCGGCGGCGGAGGAGGAGCAGGAUCCGGCGGUCGCUGGCAGCUUUGGCCGCCUGGCUCGGCUUCUCUUCAUCUUCCGAGGCUCGGCAUCCACCGCGGGCUUCCGACCCCGCGUCCCGCCCGGGGCAUGGCCGGGCGUUGCGCCCCCGCGCGCCCCGCCUGCUAAGCGGCGCCUGAGGGAGGUGCGGAGGCCAGGAGGCCGGGGGAGGCCGGCGGGUGAGCAGAGUCGAGCGCCUCUGGAGCAGAGAAAGGAGCCCGCGCCUAGUCCCUGCCGUGCUCGCCCGGGCUACCCGGAGCCCCGAUGAGCCCAGAUGGCUGGGGCUCAACCCGGAGUGCACGCCUUGCAACUCAAGCCUGUGUGCGUGUCCGACAGCCUCAAGAAGGGCACCAAAUUCGUCAAGUGGGAUGAUUUUCAUAUAGAAGUUGGGAGAAACCAAUAGGAGAAAGCAACACUUCUCACACUUGAAGAUACAUCUGAACCAUCUGGAAGACUUGGGAACUAAGCCUGUCCUGAA